AUGGAUGCCAAGCAGGUGCUAUUCAACGGGCACUGCUACCUCUUUUCUGGAUAUCCAAGAGCAUCUUGGAGCACAGCCAAGCAAGUGUGCGAGGGUCUCAACAUGCACCUGUCAUCUGUGCACUCAGCAGAAGAGGAACGAUUUAUAGUGACCAGCAUUAGACAGAGCAGCGAUUACAGCGCCGGCUCGAUUUACUGGCUCGGCGUGAGGAUAGAGAGAAUCAGCGAGAACAUCAGCUGGGUAGACGGCACCGCUUUCGACUAUCAAGCUUGGCCGCCUUAUAAUGACACUGAAGAAUUAGAAGAGGCGUGUAUGGGUGUUCAGUGGAAAACAUCACCAGUGCCUUCCCAGCCCAGCGGAUUGUACUGGACGCUACAAAAAUGCAGUGUCACCGGUGGCUACGUGUGCAAGCGGCGCCUAAACGCCGAGCAUAUCAUAAGGAAUAAAACAAUUGAAGGGAAUUCAGGUGAUUUAUCUAGUCCGAAUCAUCCAGGAUUGUACGACAACGAUUUGGACUAUUGGAUUCAUGUUACUGGACCUCCGGACACUCGACUUAUCUUUGUCUUCCAUACCAUCGACCUGGAGUAUCAAAACGACUGCCUUUAUGAUUUUGUUGAGUUAAAGGAUAGAUUCAGUACGAAAUCGUCACGAUACUGCGGUUCAGUAGGAGAGACUAGAUGGGUUGCGACGAGCAAUGAAGCGACUUUGCAUUUUCACACUGAUUAUAGCAUUCAAGGGUCUGGUUUCUCCCUGUCGUGGCGUGCAGUGGAAUUAGUUGGUUGUCCAUCUCAGACCUUUACAUCCAAAGAAGGCACUCUACGUAGUCCAAACUACCCGCAUUUUUUACUACCUGGCCUCGAUUGCACUAUUGACAUACUAGCUCCCACAGGAAAGCGAGUAUUUCUUAAUAUCAGCCACUUUGACUUUGGAUAUGGAACGUUCGAGAAUGGAGUUCCCUUAAACGUAACCGAGGCUAUCCCCGAGGACACUUUUCUAGAAAUCCAAAUAGACUCCGAGAGCAUUCCUAUAAGACCUUUCGUGAAUCCAAAGAUACUUACAAACGGGAUGUUCGUCUCUCGAUCGGAAAUCCUGAGGCUGAGGCUGAGGACUGGUGAAAACGUCACUGGUGCGGGUUAUUUAGCACAUUUCAAGACAGUAAGUUAUCUCAAUUUAAGCCAUGUGGUGGAACUCCGAGGUCUCCACUCCGGUCAACUGUCGGCUCCUAAUUGGCCAGGCCUGCCACCGCUGCGCGCUAUAAUAUCAACUAGGAUCAUGGCGCCGCAUGGUUAUACGCUAUCAGCUGCAUUUUCAAAAACCCGUCUUGUUGCUCCACCUUCACCAAUAUGGCCAUGCGGGGAAGGGAACGGGUGGAUCGAGGUUAGAGAUAGUUACACCGACAACAAUGGCACUGAAUGGACGCUGUGUGAGGUCGGCAGGGGUAAAAGGAAAAUAGAAAGCACAGCGCCUUUAGUUAUCAACUCCUACCUGCAUUCUCUGAUGGUGACGCAACACGCCGAUGAACGUGGUGUUAGCAUUGAUGUUUCGCUCAUAGUGAAUAAGGAUCCUGAAUAUCACAAUAAAUUGCUGCUUAUACCCGAGGAGACGAAUUUAGAAUCUUGUUAUCCGAAUCCAUGCCUCAAUGGCGGUCGCUGUGCUACGGACGAAUCAAAAAACUUCUGCCAAUGUGCUGGAUAUUAUACUGGUAUAUUCUGCGUGCUGACGGCGUGCGAGCGCUCGCCGUGCGUGUUCGGGAACUGCUCGCUGGCGGCGGGGGCUGGGGCGGGCGGCGAGGCGUUCGUGUGUGCGUGCGCGCGCGGCUGGCGCGGGCGGCGCUGCGGCGAGCGCGUGCGCCCGUGUGCAGCGCGCCCCUGCAACCACCGCGGCGCCUGCCUCGAGCGCGACGGCGGCUUCCUCUGCCAGUGCAACCCCUCCUGGAAGGGCAAGAGAUGUGAGAUACCGAAUCCUUCACCCAACAUCGUCGGCCUUGGGACCAGAAUGCUUCAUGAGCCCUUUUGGCUUGGCCUGAUCGCCGUCUUCGUGGUGCUCGGUAUCAUAGGUCUCGUCUGGUGCGCCAAAAGACACUUCCCGGAGAAAAUAGAAAAACUCCUCGCCGAAGAAGCUGACAGAUGCGCAAGACGAAGUCCAUCGCCGCGUAAAAAACGGAAUAACUCGACACCGACGAAGAAAAAUGCAGCAGAGAAAAAGCAAAUUCUGCAACAGCUAAUUAGUCCAGCGUCAGCCAAUGACCAUUCAAAGAAGAUAACAAUGGGAGAGCUAAUACAAAUGUCAGAGAAAAAAACUUUAAGCACAGUAGAAAGCGCCCCAGCUUUUGUUGAAUAUGGAGCUGAAAAUAAGGACACGUCGUUUGCUAGUGAAGGAUCUACUCCAUCAACCUCGCCGUCAAUGCGUCACAUAUCAGAUCCAAAACUAGAGAAAAAGGUUACAUUUGCCAGAUUAUUGAAUAAAGUUUCAGCCGAAAUGAGUUCGAGCUCAGAUGUAGAUAUGGUUAACACUAUUACCAUUCCGAUGGCAGUAAUUGCUGAUCGAACUAUGAAAACUAAAUCUUCAAGUACACCGCCCUCUCCCGGUGUGGAAGUUAGAUCACCGCACAGUACAUCGAGCAAUCAGGGAAGCGAUUCAAUGUCCAGUCUGGAUUUGACUUUAGCCCAUGCAGCUUUAAAAAAAUAUUCAAGGACCCCAAAAAUUUCAAGUGCGGACUCAAUCCUUGCAAUGUUCCGCAACUUUUCUUCUUCAUCAGCGGCUGUAAUAUCCAGGGCGUCAUCUGGAGGUAUAUCAGCAUCCAGCACACCAACAGCUUCAUCACCGCAAGAUGAUACUGUGGAUGAUGACGUCUCUAUUGCCUCCUCUCACGUACCAUCUCUUGCCCCUGACUCGCCAGUCGCUAGACCUCACAACACCAUAGAAAUACAGGUUCUUGAUCCACUUAGCGCUCAUAAAUCAACGCCAUCGGGAAGCAACCUCCUGCACCCGCCAUCAAUCCUCCUUGAAGUUCCAAGCAGCAUAAAUAAGUGCCUCUCACCAAUACGCGAAUUGCCUACACCAUUACCAACUCCCCUCCCUACACCUUUGGCAACACCGUUGCCUUCGCCGCGAAUGCCAAGAUCUAAAAUGGAAACAGAUGUUAAAAAGGAAUCGACCACUUGUCUUUCACCCAGUGAAGAUGAGUUAGAAGAAAUCAAUACAGAGAAAACUGAAAGACCGAUAUCUAGUUUGCGAUUAAAGUUGCGGCAACAGGCUCUGUGCAUAGAUACACCAACGCCGUCCACUCAUAUUACUGAUUCACCUAGUCCAAGUUUUACCCACAGUCAAGACUCUGAACGCGAAAUGUCUUCUCCCUCUGCAGCCCCACCAACAUUAAGAGUACCCGUCCUCACUAUAGAGCGUCCUUCGCCGGGCUCCCCUCCUCCAAGACGAACUCCUCCGCAUUUAGAAUUCCAACCACCGCCUUUAAUCACUGUAACAUACAACGCCAGCGAGGAAUCGGAUGAACCGCUAUCACCAAGGCCUCCACCACCAUCGGCAAAUAUGUGCUACUUAAGUCCUUUCUCAAUGUCUGCCCGCGGAGAGAGAGCCCCAUCAGAAUCAAAUUUAUCCUCAUCCGGAUACAGUUCCAUGGCAAGUCCAGGUCCAUCCAGGUGUGGCUCGAGCAAUCCUUUGUGUCCGUCUGAAAUGGAAGAUCCGGGGUCAGGCGGUGGACCGUCAUGUUUUCAAUCAAGACGACGACCCUUAAUGAAAACCAAUUCCAGCCCCGCCAGUUCAAAUAACGAAACAAAUGAAAGGCGUCGCGGAAGAUCCGAUUCAGAAACCUUAUCCGAUGAUCCUUUACUGGAAUCUAAUGAUGAAGGAAUUGGAACUGAUGAACGAAUAGAUGAUGUCCCCACAAGUGCUAAGGAAAUGGAGAAUUUAGCUGUUUUAAAAGAAACUUUAGAAAUACCACAAAUUUGCUCUCCGAGUGGAGUGACAAAAUGCUCUAUAGUCAAAUGCAUAAGUGUAGAAAGAGGAUUAGAUGAAAAAACUUGUUUGAAACCCCCCAUGUUGCUAUCCGAUGGUAGUCGUCCUCUAAGUCCUGUUAGUUCGCGGAGCGAAAGUCCUGUAAGUGAUAGGACUGGUCUGGGCCAUUUUUCUCCACAUUUUUACGGCCGUCAGCUUCCAUUUACGGACUCUGAUGGGUUAUAUGACUUCCCUAGUUCAGAAUGUGUGAAAGGAGGUAGUUGUAAAGUAGGAAACAGUUCACAUCGAAAAGCUGGAAGGAGAAGAGACAGGCGCACGUCCAGGACAGUUUCACAAGAAGUUUCGGGAACAUCUAAAUCAACACUUCCACAUAUGCCGCAUUCAAUGCACAAUUUGCUAGAGGUACCAUGUGGUAACCGUGGCCGUAAAGGUGGCAGACGUCGCUCACGUUCACAAGCUCCGGCACUUGCGUCUUCUUCAUCAUCAGAGGAUUCCGUUUCUAACGCGUCGGUAGCGUCUGUUGCAUCGGCACGGGAACUAAGACUGCCUCCGGAUUUAGAAAUGCAGGAUACUUCUUCAAAAAUUUCGUCAAGUGUGGACUUAACUGAAGACUCGCGAAAGCCCGUCAAAGUUAAUAAACUGCGGACGAUUAGUAACCAAAUAAGAUUUCUCCGACGCCUGGAACGCAGCCUAAAAAUGAAGGAGAGUUAUCCCGCCCUCACAGACGAUGAAGGUGACGAAUCAUCCAGUGUUACAUCACCCUUAUUGCAAGGGCGUAAGGAAUUAAGUCACAUGACUGGUCAUGCAAUUUCUGCACCUCUGUUGAGCGCAGCGAGGCCUAAAAUUGUAAGGCAAAGACGUUAUGAUAGAUCUUUAUUAAGUGAAGACACUAGGACGUUAAAUAGCGCUGCAGGGAAUGACUUUUCUGAUUAG